CAAACUCGUCAAAAGGAUUGCUAAGGUCGGAGAGUGAUUCCGCUGAUCGUCCAGUGUCCUAUGCUGGUUUCGGUGGGUUUAGUGACGAGGACAUUGCGAAAAUGGCAGGAUAUAGCGACUAUCACAUGCAAGACAUGUCAGGGGGAGGGGUGCAUCCACCGCCUGUCGGCUUGGAAGCUUUUGGACCGCAGCCUUAUGUACAGCCAGCUUAUGGACAACCAGCAUAUGGACAGCCAGCUCCUCCACCAAGUCAAAAUCUUUAUCCCAAUGUAGCAGAUUCACAGAGUCCAGACAACGUUAAAAUUGGUCUGGAGGCACCAAAUGAGGAAGUCUCCAAUGAACUCGGAAACAAAGAUGGAGGUAAUUCAGAUGAAAUAAAAGGGCAGACUGAAGAAGAACCCAAGACAAGAGAUGUUGACACAUUAAAGACAUUAUAUUUUCGUGAUGGUGUCCGAAGGAUAGAUUAUGUAUUGGUGUAUGAAUAUGGUAAAAAGGAGAAAAAUGCAGACGAAGGUGAUGGAGAGAGUAAAAAGAAGGCAAAAAGAAAAGAAUUUGAAGCAAAUCUGAGAGAUGAACAUGGAUUAGAACUAGAGUAUGAAGAUGAGAGGAUGAGUGCCGAUGGUAAAACAUGUUUCAUUAAAGUUCAUGCUCCAUGGCAAAAGUUAACAGAAGUUGCUGAAGGCAUGAAAGUUAAGAUGCCUAUACAGGAGAAUGACAUUGAAAACAAUGACAUGGAGGAAUGCUGUAGACGUAUCCCUAACCCGUUUGAGUUGAGCAAUGAGUUCAUUCCUGAAGAGAAAGACGUUUUUACAUGUGUGUUUGUUCAGUCCAGACAAACUGAAUACAUUGGACAUGAAGAUCAUGAUAAGUUUUUUACACCAGCUGAAAGAAGUAGAAUUGUUUAUGAAAUACUGGAAAGGUGUAAAUAUGAUGCAGAAAACAGUAAAUUUGGCAUUGAGCAUAUGGUUGGUAAUGGUUCGUAUACAGCAGCGUUUCCGUUACAUGAAGGAAACUACACAAGUGAACAUUCCAUGCUAACACAUGGUGCAGAAAAUGAUAGAAGAUUACUCUAUGAGGAAUGGGCUAGACCUGGAAGAUGGUAUAAAUAUCAACCACUGGAUCUUGUUAGGAAAUAUUUUGGAGAAAAGAUUGGUAUAUAUUUUGCAUGGCUGGGUUAUUAUACGUGUGCACUGUUUCCAGCUGCUAUCAUUGGCCUACUUUGUUUCAUCUAUGGCUGCAUCGCCAUGUCAACCAACCCUGUACAAUUGGAAACCUGUGACAAAAAUGGCAUGGGUAACACAACCAUGUGUCCAUUAUGUAAUGAGAAGUGUGACUACUGGUUACUUUAUGAAAGCUGUCUCUAUACCCAGAUAGUUUUGCUCUUCGAUAAUUAUGCUUCAGUUUUCUUCGCUUUAGUGUCUUCGUUGUGGGCAACUUUAUUCAUGGAGUUCUGGAAAAGAAAACAGUUUGGAAUUCAGUAUGACUGGGAUCUGUUUGGUUUUGAAGACCAUGAGGAAAACACUCGUCCAGAAUUUGAAGCAAAAGCACCUGAUACAAGGAUCAAUCCUGUAACUAAGGAAGAAGAGCCCUAUGUCUCAUUUAGGGCAAGAUUUCCACGCUUUUGUGCAACUGCACUGGUUAUUUUAUUUAUGCUAUGUCUUGUAUUGGCAUGUGUAUUAGGUGUGAUUGUAUACCGUAUUGCCGUAUCAUCUGCCAUUGCAGCCACUGCCAGUGGAUUUGUCAGCUCUUAUUCUUCAAUCAUUACCACCUGUACUGCCUCAGUCAUCAACUUAGUACUUAUUAUGAUUCUUAAUAAGAUUUAUGAAAAGAUUGCUGUUUGGUUGACAGAUAUGGAAAUGCAUCGAACUGAAACUGAGUGGGAAGACAGUUUUACUUUCAAGAUGUAUCUCUUCAGUUUUGUUAACUACUAUAGCUCUAUCUUUUACAUUGCAUUUUUCAAAGGACAAUUGACAGGUUACCCUGGAGAGUAUGACACUAUUUUUGGAUUUAGAGUUGAAGAGUGUGAUCCAGGUGGUUGCUUACCUGAACUCUGUCUUCAGUUAGCUAUUAUUAUGGUUGGUAAACAAGCCUACAAUAAUUGUCAGGAACUUCUGGUUCCUAAAUUCAUGAAUUGGUGUAGCGCUCGCAGUGCCAAGAAGAAGGAAAAGGAAGAGGGUGAUGUGUAUUCAAGAUGGGAACAAGAUUAUGACCUUAGACUUCCUAACAAACAUGGUUUGUUUGAUGAGUAUUUAGAAAUGGUACUACAGUUUGGAUUUGUCACGCUGUUUGUUGCUGCAUUCUCAUUGGCUCCUUUGUUUGCUUUGAUAAAUAACAUUAUUGAAAUCCGAUUAGACGCUUACAAAUUCACAACUCAGUUCAGACGACCAAGAGCAGCCAGAGCUCAAGAUAUUGGUAUAUGGUAUGGUAUCUUGGAUGGUGUUGGUAAAUUGUCGGUGGUUACAAAUGCCUUUGUGAUUGCCAUAACAUCGGAAUUCGUUCCAAGAUUAGUGUACAUAUUUAGAUACUCAAUGGAUGGUUCAUUGACAGGAUAUGUCAACAAUUCUUUGUCUUAUUUUGACACAAAUGAUUUCGAAGAAGGAACUGCACCAGAAGACACAAGUUGUCCAUGGACAGAUGUAGGAGAUUGUCCUAUCUGCAGAUAUAAAGAUUAUCGGCAACCACCAUGGGGUAUGGAGCCAUAUGCACGUACUUUACAACAUUGGCAUGUCUUAGCUGCAAGGCUGGCUUUUGUUGUCGUCUUUGAGCAUGUUGUGUUUUUCUUGAAGUGGUUCAUUGAUUACCUCAUCCCUGACGUCCCCACAAAAGUGAAAGAUGAAAUAAAACGUGAGAACUACCUAGCAAAAGAAGCAUUUUACCGAGCCCAGCUAAAUCAAAGCAAAAUAAAAGAAUUAAAAGAUGGUGGUGGUAAUGGCAAUGCUGCUACAGUCUCUGUGUAAACAUGGGAAAGC